AUGGCUCUCGUACAUAAACAAGAAAAUGAGGAUUUCUCGAUCAAGCCGGAGGCUAAGACUCCGACCAUCGACUCGUCUCAAUGGCCGUGAGUCUUUCUACUCUCCACAUUUUUCCCUCUCUUUUUUCCCGCUCUCUCGCAGAUUUCUAACAUUAUAUUCUAUCAAAGACUUCUUCUGAAGAACUAUGAAAAACUCCAUGUUCGCACCGGACAUUACACACCAAUACCCAAUGGGUGUACUCCUCUGAAGCGUGAGCUGAAGAGUUAUAUUAGCAGUGGCGUUAUCAACCUCGAUAAACCGAGUAACCCAAGUUCACACGAAGUUGUUGCUUGGGUCAAGAGAAUUCUCAGGUACGUUCCACCGCAAUCUCCUCACCCAGCGGAUUGGGCACUUACUCUGAAUAGAUGUGAAAAGACCGGACAUAGCGGUACCCUUGAUCCAAAGGUCACCGGAUGUCUCAUCGUCUGUAUCGAUCGUGCAACGCGUUUGGUCAAGUCCCAACAAGGCGCCGGUAUAUCGCACUCCAUUACCCCUCUGCGUCGUCUGAAAGCCCUUUUGAAUCAUCAAACUUACUCAUCACCACUACUGUAGGGAAGGAAUAUGUUUGCGUUCUACGCUUACAUGACAAAAUUGAGGGUCGCGCCCAACUUGCGAGAGCGCUUGAAACCUUGACUGGCGCACUCUUCCAACGUCCACCAUUGAUUUCCGCUGUCAAACGUCAGCUCCGUAUCCGUACUAUCCACGAAUCGCAGCUGUUAGAGUUUGACAACGAUAGGCACCUCGCCGUUUUCUGGGUCAGUUGCGAAGCGGGAACAUACAUCCGAACUCUAUGCGUUCACCUGGGCCUGUUGUUGGGCGUUGGUGCGCAUAUGCAGGAGCUUCGAAGAGUUAGAUCUGGAGCACUAAGCGAAAAUGAUAAUAUUGUCACUCUCCACGAUGUUCUCGACGGUAUAUGGUCCCCUGCCCUCAUGUGAUAACCGGAUUCUAACCAAUUCACAGCUCAGUGGGUUGCUGACAACUCUCGUGAUGAGAGCUACCUUCGCCGAGUUAUCCGCCCCUUGGAAUCCCUCUUAACUACCUACAAACGGAUUGUUGUUAAGGACAGUGCAGUGAAUGCUGUUUGCUAUGGUGCUAAACUCAUGAUCCCUGGACUGCUUCGUUAUGAGGCUGGAAUUGAGGUCAAUGAAGAGGUUGUCCUGAUGACUACUAAGGGCGAGGCUAUUGCGCUUGGUAUCGCUCAAAUGUCUACUGUCGAGCUCUCCACAUGUGAUCACGGUGUUGUCGCAAAGGUUAAGCGUUGCAUCAUGGAGCGCGAUCUCUACCCCCGCAGAUGGGGGCUGGGUCCAACAGCGAUAGAAAAGAAAAAGAUGAAGUCUGAGGGCAAACUCGAUGUUCGUAACAUAGCCCUAUAGAUAUCUUGUUUUUCCCCUGUUUUCUAGCUAACAAUCAUCAUAGAAGUAUGGGCGCUCGAACGAGGCCACCCCCGGUGAAUGGACAAAGAAAUAUACCGAUUAUAACGCCCCAGCCGGCGGCACGGAGCAACUUAGUUCCACAACAAUACCCGAAACUAUCGCAACCGCUCCUCCCGUACCUCCAUUCGGCGCUCCAGACGUUAAGAUGACUUCUCCAGCUAAACCGGAGCCUGAGGGUGGAAAGAAGCACAGGUCGGAUGAGACUGAAGAGGAGAGGGCUGAGCGUAAGAGGAGGAAGAAGGAGAGGAGGGAAAAGAGGGAGAAGAAAGAUAAGGAAUAGUAAUCUUAAUCCUAAUCUCUUCACCUUUUUCUCCUUGCAGAGGCAAAAUGUGUAAACUAGCAUCAUUUCCUUUUAGCCCCCCAUGCUUAUUUUCUUCACAACUGUCAGUGUCAUCAUCAUCACCAUCAUAACCCCCUCGAAUGGCAUGUACCCUAAAAACAGAUUGUUCAGGUGGACCCUCUCUAGUUCAUCGCAGGAUAUGCAGUCCCUGCUACCAGUGCAGUCAUUAACACAGCUCUCAGACCUCAAACCACAACUUCAUAACCCCAAAAUUUGCCUCGGCGAUCCACACAUGCAUCAAACCGUGUGGCGCGUCGGCGUCAGUAUAACAAGGACGCUGCCACGUUUUUUUGGUGGAUCGAAUUGCCCGGCAUUUAUGGUUUCUGGGUUCGAUUUCGGUGGGGGGGGACCUGUUCUAUUUUCUGCAGGAUCGGAGGACCGGGCAAUCACGGUGUUUACGCUACUACAACCAAAGCUUCCUCUCCUCUUCUCGCAGCACUUUCACGCCUCGAGGAGCUCAUUCGGCACUAAGGAAUUGUUUCGGAAUCUCUUAUUCCGAGUCGGCAAACCAGCAUCUCCCCAUCUUCUAAUCCCUCCCUGGAUUUACCAGCGCCGGGUGUCAACACCCCCGGUUUCCUUUCCCAUGUAAUCCCGGCUCGCAGUCCAGGUCUUAGGGGUAGGCAAUUCAACCAAAAUUUAAUCUAGAAAUAAAAACAUGAAACGGUGUUC